CUGGACAGUGUGUUUAAAAAUUGUCAUUAUUAAAACAUUCCGCCACAUAGUAUGGCGUCGGUCGCCGCUUGGCUACCAUUUGCCCGAGCGGCGGCCAUAGGAUGGGUACCCAUUGCUACUCAUCCUUUACCUCCGCCACCGAUACCCAAAGAUCGUCGAAAAGCUGACGAUGAAAAACUGUUGAUCAACGUGUCCGGACGUCGAUUUGAGACAUGGCGUAACACUUUAGAAAAAUAUCCAGACACGUUACUUGGUUCAAACGAACGUGAAUUCUUCUACGAUGAAGAUUGCAAGGAGUACUUCUUUGAUCGUGACCCAGAUAUUUUUCGACAUAUUUUGAAUUACUAUCGUACUGGAAAAUUACAUUAUCCAAAACAUGAAUGCUUAACUAGUUAUGAUGAGGAAUUAGCGUUUUUCGGGAUACUACCAGAUGUGAUUGGAGAUUGUUGCUAUGAAGACUAUCGAGAUCGUAAACGUGAGAAUGCUGAACGUUUAAUGGAUGAUAAACUGUCAGAGAAUGGUGAUCAAAAUUUACAACAGUUGACGGAUAUUCGUCAGAAAAUGUGGCGUGCAUUUGAAAAUCCACACACGUCAACAGCAGCUUUAGUAUUUUAUUAUGUGACGGGUUUCUUUAUAGCCGUGUCCGUGAUGGCCAAUGUCGUGGAGACGGUUCCGUGUGGGAUCCGACCAGGACGAGCUGGUACCCUGCCAUGCGGUGAACGCUACAAAAUAGUAUUCUUUUGUUUGGACACAGCCUGCGUUAUGAUCUUCACUGCUGAGUACUUGUUGCGGCUGUUCGCAGCACCAGACCGUUGUAAAUUCGUUCGUAGUGUGAUGAGUAUCAUCGAUGUGGUCGCCAUACUUCCAUAUUAUAUAGGUUUAGGUAUUAAAGACAAUGAUGACGUGUCCGGUGCUUUUGUCACGCUACGUGUUUUCCGUGUAUUUCGUAUUUUUAAAUUUUCACGUCAUUCACAAGGGUUACGUAUCUUGGGUUAUACUUUGAAGUCAUGUGCCUCUGAACUUGGUUUUCUUGUAUUUUCGCUAGCCAUGGCAAUUAUUAUAUUUGCUACAGUCAUGUUCUACGCAGAGAAAAAUGUUGAUGACACCAAUUUCACAUCGAUACCAGCUGCAUUUUGGUAUACAAUUGUCACAAUGACAACGCUGGGUUACGGAGAUAUGGUACCUGAAACAAUAGCGGGUAAAAUAGUUGGGGGUGUAUGCUCGUUGAGCGGUGUGUUGGUGAUAGCCUUACCUGUUCCAGUAAUCGUAUCAAAUUUCAGUAGAAUAUAUCAUCAGAAUCAACGUGCUGAUAAACGCAAAGCUCAAAGGAAAGCAAGAUUAGCGCGAAUACGUAUCGCAAAAGCAUCCUCAGGUGCAGCAUUUGUUAGCAAGAAGAAAGCGGCUGAAGCACGUUUGGCCGCCCAAGAAUCUGGCAUCGAAUUGGAUGAUAAUUAUCGUGAAGAAGAUAUAUUCGAGUUACAGCAUCAUCAUUUACUGCGAUGUUUAGAAAAAACAACGGAUAGGGAAUUUGUUGAAUUGGAUGUACCAUUUAAUGGACAACCAAAACGACCGGGAUCACCCUCGCCCAUGGCAAGUCCAGCACAUUCAAGUACAAGUCGUCAUGUCGGCGGUCUGUUACACGCAUGUUGCGGAGGUUGUUGCUGUACGCAACGUUAUCAGCAGGCAUGCGGCAAAUACAUCCCAGCAACGUCAGCCGUUCAAAAUAAUCAAACUGGUGGAGGUAUGGAUGGAACAUAUCUUGUGGAAGCAUCAUUUUAAAAUCAGAUUCUGGCAGACCAUCGUCAUCGCUUCGUCUUCCUCUCUAUUACAAUUACAUUACAAUUGAGAAAGUCACGUUCACGCCACGUACUUGACUCGUCAAAAUUUAGUAAAGCAAAGCUCUCUCCUAAUACAACGAUUUUUACUUUAAGACAGUUUAUAUGUACUAUUUUAGAGGGUCUUCAUUUAUUUUGUGACUACUAAUUUUACACCUGGCGAACAAAAAUGCCAUCAAACAUACAAAUGGCAACAAAAUUUUCCAAUUGAAAAAUGCAUUUACUGCCAAAACGAAAAAAAUUGUUCGGAUGCCGGCGUCCGAAAUCAAAAUGUUUUAAAUAGUCUUCGGCGUAUUGAAGGAUAUUUUUUAAACUCAUGAAAAUUCAAAUCAAAAUGGACCAACUUUGGAUAUGAGAAAUUUUGUGCUCUGGACAAAGACAUAAAAGUGCCGAAUACAAAGCAAGCAUAAAUUAGAAAGCGUU